UUCACGGAUAUAUUCAUAAGUUCAGAGAGAAAAAAAAGAAGGGGAAGCUCUUUCAGUCUGGUUUUUAAUCAAGCGAAGUUAGGCAUUUGCGUUUAGCUCACGGUUUUCACCCUCUCUCCUUCCCAAAUCUAUCCACGAGGAAGGAAAAAAUCCAAUCCUUCCACGUUCAGGAAGGAAAAGAAAGGAAGUUGCAGAGAAAGCAUGGCUGCAAGUACUAAAGAGUCGAGCUCUGGUUCAACAACAGAGGCUGGUCAUGGCAGUAAAAUAAAAGGAGUUUCAACUCAUGGCGGUCGCUAUGUUCAAUACAAUGUGUACGGUAACUUGUUCGAGGUCUCUAGCAAGUACGUUCCUCCAAUUCGCCCCAUCGGCCGUGGCGCUUAUGGCAUUGUCUGUGCUGCUGUGAAUUCAGAGACCCGGGAGGAAGUUGCCAUUAAGAAGAUUGGAAAUGCUUUUGACAACAGAGUAGAUGCAAAAAGAACAUUGAGAGAGAUUAAGCUUCUUCGUCAUAUGGAUCAUGAAAACGUUAUAGCUAUUAGGGACAUUAUACGGCCACCAAAAAAAGAUGCUUUCAAUGAUGUGUACAUUGUUUAUGAAUUGAUGGACACUGAUCUUCAUCACAUUAUUCGUUCUGAUCAAUCACUGACUGAUGAUCAUUAUCAGUACUUAUUGUACCAGUUGCUACGAGGAUUGAAAUAUGUGCAUUCAGCCAAUGUACUGCAUCGUGAUCUUAAGCCCAGCAACUUGCUUCUUAAUUCAAAUUGUGAUCUCAAAAUUGGAGAUUUUGGUUUGGCAAGGACAACAUCUGAAACAGAUUUCAUGACUGAGUAUGUCGUCACUCGUUGGUAUCGGGCACCAGAGUUGCUCCUUAAUUGUUCAGAGUACACUGCAGCGAUUGAUAUUUGGUCUGUUGGUUGCAUCCUUGGCGAAAUUAUGACCAGAGAACCUAUGUUUCCUGGGAAAGAUUAUGUUCAUCAGCUAAGGCUUAUUACAGAGUUAAUAGGUUCACCUGAUGACGCUAGCCUUGGGUUUCUCCGAAGUGAUAAUGCUCGAAGAUAUGUUAGACAGCUCCCACAGUACAGAAAGCAGAAUUUCUCAGUUAGGUUUCCUAAUGUGUCUCCAGGGGCUGCCGAUCUGCUGGAAAAAAUGCUUGUUUUUGAUCCUAACAAGCGCAUUACAGUUGAUGAGGCACUUUGUCACCCAUACUUGUCAGCUUUUCAUGAUAUCAAUGACGAGCCUAUCUGCCCAAGGCCUUUUCAAUUUGAUUUUGAGCACCCAUCAUGCACUGAAGAGCACAUCAAGGAACUCAUCUGGAGGGAAUCAGUGAAGUUCAAUCCAGAUCCUCCAACUUAUUAGGAGAAAUGAAUGUGCUGGAGAAAUGCAUUGGGAAAUUGGAUAGUGUCUUUCCCUUGAAUAUAAUAUAUAUUGUACAUCAACAUUUCUGAGAGUACAUAAACUUCCCGUUACUAGACCCUGAGAGUGGAAGCACCCAAUGAUUAAGACACUGACAAGCAACUUCUUCAAGGGAUUUGGAUGCUUAUAUUUUAUAUUAAUGCAUGAAGUGCAUUAUUAAAAUUAAUGCGGAUCUUCUGUAAGUACUAUCAGUUGGGAGCUUUAGGGCUAGAAGCAAAGAAAAGAUUCAGCAUGCAUGUUGUAUUUGCUUAUGGAUCUGAUUUAUAUUUUCCAUAUUUUUCAAAUAAAAUCAUCUUAUUGUGAAGAGCUGUUUGUCCA